AUCUCUUUCGCGAGAAAAGGGUGCUUCUUCCCACCUCUCGCUCCUCUAGAUCUUCACGCGAUUCGAGGGAGCUUCGGGGGAAUCGGAAAAUGGCAGAGGCGAAGCCGACGAUGCGCGCGGUGUGGUACGAGUCUUACGGCGGAGGACCCGACGGCCUGAAGCAUGUUGAUAUACCCGUUCCUGCACCUAAAAAGGGUGAGGUUUUGCUGAAAAUAGAAGCGACUAGUAUAAACCCUGUUGAUUGGAAAACGCAGAAAGGAAUGCUGAGGCCACUUUUUCCUGCCAAGUUCCCUCACAUACCUGCCACUGAUGUAGGAGGAGAGGUUGUUGAGGUUGGACCAGCAGUCGAGAAAUUUAAACCUGGCGACAAAGUCGUAGCUCUCCUCGAUCGCUUUAAAGGAGGAGGAUUUGGCGAGUUUGCCGUCGCAAAGGAGAGCCUAAUGGUGGCAAGGCCACCUGAAGUAUCAGCACCAGAAGGGGCAGGGUUACCAGUAGCCGGCCUCACUGCUCUCCAGGCCCUCACCCAAGCUGCUGGGGUAAAGCUCGACGGGAGUGGGCCACCCAAGAAUAUCCUGAUCACCGCUGCCUCAGGCGGCGUUGGCCACUACGCAGUUCAACUCGCGAAGCUAGGAAACACGCACGUGACUGCAACUUGUGGGGCUCGCAACAUUGACUUUGUCAAGAGCCUCGGCGCUGACGAGGUCCUCGACUACAAGACCCCAGAGGGAGCUGCCUUGAAGAGCCCAUCCGACAAGAAGUACGACUUCGUGGUCCACUGCGCGCACGCUUUCCCUUGGUCAGUUUUCGAGCCGAACUUGAGCGAGCGUGGCAAGGUGAUAGAUAUCACCCCAAGCUUUGGCACGAUGAUGACUUUCGCUCUCAAGAAACUCACCUUCUCCAAGAAGCAGCUCGCGCUGUUGUUGUUAACGGCCAAGGGCGAGAAUCUGGACUUUCUGGUUAAGUUGGUUAAGGAAGGGAAGCUCAAGACUGUCAUCGAUUCGACAUAUCCGCUGAGCCAAGUGAAAGAUGCUUGGGAGAAGUCUAUAAGUGGUCACGCCACUGGUAAGAUUAUUGUAGAGCCAUAGGGACUAAAUACUGAUUGCUGGUGCUUUUGUGGGUGUUGUCUAUGGUAAUGAUUUGCUUCUUGCUGUGAAUGUUGUUGAACGUUUUUGUUCAUUUUCACCUAUAGAAAGGUUUCUGGAAUGUAUGAUAUCACUUUGAACAGAGCGAUUUACAUUAUAUUGAAGUGCUUAUACUUGUGUUCUUCCUUUGAA